CUUUCACUUUCCUCUCUGCUGCGCGCUUUGGACGACAAAGCAGAAUUAUGCACAUUUAUCCUCACUAUUUCAACAAGAAAGUGACUAUUCAUUGAUAUUCCGACAUUGUGGUUUUUGGGGAUGUCCAAAUAGGCAGAAUUUAAACUGGUGAAAUCCAUGCAGUGAAGAUUGGUGCAAUCCCUUGUGCUUGUAGAGAUCAUAUAGCAGCUAGUCAAAGAAUAUCUAAAUGACUUGAAGACCUUCAGUUUAAAAAAAAAAAUGAAUUUUAAUUAAAAACCGAGUUUGCAUAAUAAGACCCAAUUAAAAAUUCAGUCUAAUGCUGGCCGUGUUGAAAAAUAAUGCACUCAUCUGUGUGAAGGAAGACAAUCUUAAAGGACACACACACAAAAGUGACAGAUUGUGAAGUUAUUAAUAACUCGCUGUAUACAUAACGGACACAAAAAAAUCUCAGCAGCUAGCUCAAGUGCGCUGAUCUAUCGAAGUCUACCAGCAAUCAAAGGAGUUAUUUUUCGUCAAAUCGGGAGAAAUGGGAUGUCCUUUGCAGCGCCGUUUGAUAUUUAUUUCAGUGUAGAUAGCUGGUGGCGUAUUGAUUUUUUUCCUCUCUCUCUCUCCCCCUCACAUUAGCUAUUAGUCAGAUUCUUCUUAAACGGUGACAGCGCAAAGCACUAAUAAGGCAGACUCCAGGGAAAACAAUCGAGGCCGCUGGAUUCUCACCUGCGGGACUGUGUCACCAUCCCCAGAGGGAUAGCUUACCUGGUGGACAUAUUUAUACCUGUGAAAACGGAAGGAGAGCUGUAAAACAAAGUUCUUCAGGAAAUUUUACUGCAAACGGCAAUUAACAUUACUGAACCAUAUGCUGGAGAGAAAAAGAUCCAAGAUGGACAAUAAAUUCUGAAGCUGUCAUGAACUGAGGAUUUGAAUAGCAAGCUUGAAAAUAAAGAGAAGCUAGCGUCAUUCCACGGACGAUGUUCUACCUUUGUUCGUUGGGACUGUUGUUGUCGGUGCAAGGCCAGUGAGGAAAUUCUUAAACAGAGUUGGGAUAUGUUGAUCGAUUGUUGAUGUGAUCAUUGGCUUACAAACAAGGACUUAAUACACAGAUCAUGGCUACUAGUUGUCGUUUGGUGAUGACGCUUUGAGGAUUGACCAAUCAGAGAUGAGCUUUGGAUGAUAUUAUUAUCAGCGUGUGCUCGACUGACAGUAUUUAUUAGGUGCAUGUGUAUUCCAAUGUGAUUUGAUAUAAAAAGCCACAUUAUUUGACGCAAAAAAACAUUAUUAUAACGUGCGAUUAUAUUAACAUAUACAAAAAAACACUAUGUCUGAAAACAGUGACACAUCCAGCGAGGAGAGCUUAGCCUCCAAACAGAAUGGAAAAGAUGAUGACAUUUGCCGCGAUUUCUUGCGAAAUGUUUGUAAGCGGGGCAAGCGUUGCAAAUACCGUCACCCAAACACAGACGAGGCGCGAGAUCUCGGCAGGCAGAACAUCACGUUCUGUCACGACUUUCAAAACACGGGGUGCAGGAGAGGUAACUGCAAGUUCCUACACUGCACGAGAGAGGAAGAGGAACAUUACAAGCAGACCGGGCAACUUCCGGUCCGGUUGCAGCAGGCGGCGGCGCUUGGACUUGGCGUGACGCCAAACGUGGACGUGCCGCUGUUAAGGGGAGAGAUCCCCAUUUGUAAGGACUACCUUAAAGGAAACUGCAAACGCGGAGCCAAGUGCAAAUUCCGACACAUUACUCAAGGGGAGUAUGACUUUGAACUUCGGAAAUCCGACCACAGAAAUAACAACAAUCAAAUGUACGACCCGUAUGAGGACGAUUUCAAUACGUUCGAAGCGUUUGAAUACGGUCACACGGCGGGCGGGGUGAAGCGAAGGAGGUCGGACCGGGAGUUUGAUGGUUUCGGGGGAUUCGAAGGCAGGUAUUCGUCGAGCCGUCCUUUUAGUUAUCAGUUGUUAGAAGAGGAAAAUUCUAUGUUGCGACGGAAAGUGGAAGAGCUCAAAAAGCAAGUGGCGGAUUUAACCGCAACUAAUGAAGUGUUACUGGAACAGAACGCUAGGUACCGCGUCAGUAGGGCAAGUGCUGUACAAUCCCUUAACCCUGCGGGCGUGCCGGUCAGUCAGCAACUAACAGCUGGCAUCGGCGCAACCGCAAACCAGGCGCAACCUCUAAAUCAGCUAGCUGUGAGCAGCCUCGCUCAGCAAAUAGCGCUUAAUAGUGAACUGGCAUCCCAGCAUGCUUUGCAGCAGCAUCUGGCGAGAGAACUAGGUCAGCAGACCGCUGGAGGGUUGGCGGGGGCGACCCUUAACCCUUCCGUCACAAUAAACCCAGGAAAUAUAGUUCCGGUCUCUCUUCCACAGAAUGUUUCCUUGACUUCCGGUUCUAUGCAACAGACACUUCCCCCGGUCGUCUCCAUGACGCAAACGAUGCCCCAGAAUCUGCAGGGACCCCCUUCGGCGCCCCUGGUGUCGUACCCCAUCGUGUCCCAAAAUAUGAGGGCGGCACCCAGCAGUCUGGCCCAUUGACGCCAGAAGUAUGAGGCUACAUUCGUGUAGUGUGGGAAUAUCUACUUCCGGUGUUAAUUCUUGAGGAAAGAAGGAAGUAAAAGAGGGAUUCCGAGAUCUCGCGUGAACACAAAAUCAAAAUGGCGGAGUUUCACCACACCAAAACAAAUACCCUCUGAAGAUUUGGAUGCAAAGGGGGUACUGUUAAGACGGAUGCAGAAGUGAUGCGAGGAAAUCACUUUCAAACAUCCUCAUCUCGAUAACCCUUGUUUCAUUUUCAUUUUGAAAGUCUAAUAUAUGGUCACAAGGUUUAAUAUUCUCCCGAUGAUCUCAUACAGUGUUUUGCAUUGUGUUAGUUAAGUAUAUAUACAGUUCAACUGGAUAAAAGAGCAAAGAAGCAAGCUUUUAGUCUCUUCAGUUUUGUUUCUUUUAUUUUUCUUUGAUAAAUGCCAAGGAGACUAUGAGCUUGUUUCAUUUUUGUGCUAUAUUAAGAAGCAUUAGCUUUAACUGUUUAAAUCUUCAGUUUGUUUCAGAAUCUAUUUUUCUUUGAGAAAUGUCAAGUUGACUACGAGCUUGUUUCAUUUUUGCGCUAUAUUAAAUGUAUAUUUUUUUGGCCAUGAUAGCCGAUUGCGGGAUAAAAAAAAUUCAUUGGUUCUCGAUGAUGUUAUUGAUUUGAAAGCUUUUGGUUGAAUUGAACACUCAUUCAAAUAAUAUUUCUAUAGAAAUAUUCGUUCAAGAUUAUGUUCAUUGAUAAAUUGAUCACUGUUUCUUUUAAUAUGUUUUUUUUAAUGUUAAUUGCUAUUUUGAUAUUAAUUUUUAUUUGGAACAUUAUUUGUUUUAAGCGGGGUUUUUUUGUUCAUUCAAUUAAUGAACCACUUUUCAUUGUGCAUUCGAUUGAGUUUCUCUAUUGGUUGUGUUUUUUGUUGGAGUUUUAAACACCAUUAUUAAUUUGAAAACAUAAAAAACCAAGAGACAACGAAACUAGCACGCAAUUUUUGUCAAUAAAACUAAAGGAAAUUGUAAAAUUUUAAAGAAACACAACCUUUGCUCUCGUGUUCUGUAUUUUCCGAAAACAGUUGUAAAUCCAUUGGAGAUUUGAGCAUCCCUGUCUGACUCAGAAGUUACUACGUCAUACGUGAUCAUAAAACAAAAUUGCAUUUUUCUGGUCAUUCAUAUUUAUUGAUUAAUAUGAUAUUCAAUACUUUAUAUUUUUUGAGUUGUAGAAAAAAACAAAUUAAAAACACAACUGUUA